AUGUCUGCCAAAACAACAAGUCUCUCAGCAGAAGAGAUUCAGCGACACCCUGCCUAUGAUACGACGCAAUGGGAUCUCAAGUCAAGGCUAUCAGGUUUCGCCACAGUGGCUGAAUCGCGCCCAGGAGGACCUUUUCCUAUGUGGUACGAAGUUCACGGCCAUGGGUCGAAGAAGAUUGUCUGGAUCAUGGGGCUUGGUGGUAGCCGGAAUAUAUGGAAACGUCAAAAUCGACAUUUUGGACAUUUGUGUGGCGAAAAGUAUAGCUCCCUUGUCUUCGAUAAUCGCGGCGUCGGCAAAUCAGCCAAACCAAACUGUAGAUAUACCACCUCGGAUAUGGCGAAAGAUAUUGUCGAACUGCUCAGACACAUCGGCUGGCUCGACACCGAUUCUGAGUAUUACCCCCGAGACCUCAACAUCGCUGGAAUUAGCCUCGGUGGCAUGAUUGCGCAAGAGCUUGCUCUUCUGAUACCUCAACGAUUGCAAUCACUGGUUCUUAUCUCUACCGCCCCUCGCCUGAUUCGAACUGUUCACACUUUGGAGCAUAUAAAGCAGCGGUUCGCAAUACUUCUCCCCAAGGGAGCUGACAUCGAGCUCAAAAGCAAGGCCCAUAGGUUGUUCACUGAGAGAUAUCUCAAUGCGCCAGACACCGGAUCCCUAGACCCAGAGAAAACAUUCCCCACCAAUCUCGACCGUUUUGUGGCAGAGGAGCUCGCAGAGCGUGCCGAAGAUACUGAAUUUUCUCGGAGGAAAGGCGUCAUUUUUCAGGCCAUUGCCGCUGGAUGGCACUACAAGAGCGACGAAGAUCUAGUCAAGAUUGGGGACGGGGUGGGCAGAUCCCGAAUUCUGGUGAUGCACGGAACCUUUGACGAGACGAUCACAUUCCCGCACUUUGAAUUGAUCAAGGCCGCCUUGGGAGAAGGGCCGGAAUACAUUGCCUGGAAAGACUGUGGUCAUAUGCCAUUGUGGGAGAGGGAAGAAGAAUUCAAUGAAGCUAUAAAAGAUUUCAUUGACAAAACGGUCACAUUACCAGCCAGUCUCUAA